AUGGCGCCGAAUGACAAAACCCACAUAGAGACCCCACUUAUAGAAACUGAAGAAUCAUUUCCGAAGCUUAUCGCACCGCAAGCAGCUCCAAGAAAAUAUGACAUUAUAUACUUUAACGUGUUAUCAUUUACGUACGCGCAUAUAGCCUCGCUGUACGGAAUUUAUCUAGCUUGUACUGUUGCUACGUGGCAAACAUUGAUCUUCAGUAACAUAAUAUUCAUGCUGGCAGCCGUAGGUGUGACCGCUGGGGCCCAUAGACUAUGGACCCAUAAAGCUUACAAGGCAAAAAUGCCGCUACAAAUCCUACUCAUGGUGAUGAACACUCUAGCUUUCCAAAAUACAGCAAUACAUUGGGUACGAGAGCAUCGGAUGCAUCAUAGGUACAGUGAUACAGACGCCGAUCCACAUAAUGCGACACGUGGCUUUUUCUACUCGCACAUGGGAUGGCUUUUGGUUAGAAAGCAUCCAGAGCUCAAAAGGAGAGGAAAAUUCGUCGACAUGUCCGAUAUACAUGCCAACCCUGUGCUUAGAUUUCAGAAAAAGUACGCUCUGCCAUUUGUAGGAACCGUCUGCUUCGCUCUACCAACCCUAAUCCCUAUGUACUUCUUCGGAGAAACCCUAAACAUCGCAUGGAACAUCGCUUUAAUGCGUUACGUCGCGAACCUCCACAUAACCUUUUUUGUCAACAGUGCAGCUCAUUUAUGGGGCAAUAAGCCUUACGACAAACAUAUUAAGCCGGUUCAGAACCUUGCAGUAUCUUUUAUGGCUUUUGGGGAAGGCUUCCACAACUACCACCACGCGUUUCCAUGGGAUUACCGGACGGCAGAGUUAGGUAACAACUGGCUUAAUGCCACUACUAAAUUCAUAGAUUUCUUCGCAUGGAUCGGUUGGGCUUAUGAUCUUAAAACGGUCCCCGAUGAGGUUAUACUCUCAAGGGCAAACAGAACUGGUGAUGGCAGUAACAUGUGGGGAUUCAAAGAUGGUAAGACUGAAUAA